GGGAGGAGGUAAAAGUGAAGGAGCCUCGGAAAGUAUAUAAGGCGGCGGAGAGAGACCCAACGCACCACACUCACUCCCGAUCUCUGCUGACACCAACAUGAGGCUUCAGGUCGUGUCGUCAGUACUUGUGGCGCUACUGGUCGUGGCAGCGGCGAAGGCUGACCCCGGAUUCAAGGGCGGCGGAGGCGGCUAUGGUGGCGGCGGCGGCGGAAAGGGGGGCAAGGGGGGGAAGGGCGGCGGCGGCGGUGGCGGCUACGGACAUGGCGGCUUCGUGGCCCACAGAACGGUGAUGAGCUACAAGCCCGUGACGGUGACCAAGCCCGUGGUGGUGCAGAAGGAGGUUGUGGAGCACCGGCCGGUCUACAAGAAGGAGCCCAUCAGGGUGUACCCCGCCCCGCCCCCCAUCCUGGUGAAGAAGCCCGUUGUGCAUCACGUGCAGGAGUGGAAGCUCGUCACCGUGCCCAAGGUCACCUACCAGCCAGUCUACGUACACAAAAUCCCCAUCCCACAAGACGGCGGCGGAAAGGGCAAGGGCAAGGGCGGCGGUGGCUUCUUCGACGGCCUCUUCGGUAAGGGCAAGGGCAAGGGUGGCGGCGGCGGCGGCGGCUACGAUGACUACGACUAUGGAGGUGACUAUGGCGGUGGCUAUGGAGGUGACUAUGGCGGUGGCUAUGGUGACUACGACUCCGGAUACUAGACGUGAGGAGUUCCACAAGGCAGUCCUCUGAAGGGAGGGACAAAUGGCCGUCCCUUCACCGAGCCUGUCCCUCCUUUUAGUUGCAUCGGACAGUCCUGUGGAGGGAGGGCUGCCACAUAGUCCUCCCUUCACCCACCCUGACCCUCCUACUCUAAGUCGUAAUAGGUAAUCGAAGUAUGGCGUGCCGCAAGCAGCCUCUUCUUCCCAUCCUCUUCGCCCCUUUCUACCUAUCCCUCUUCCCCAGCCCCCCCUCCUCCAAACCCCGUUCUGCCAGAGUGGAGGUGCAGGGGCUGGCGGCAUCUCACUCAGCCAUUCCACAACCCUUGUUAUCGUUACGUUGUGUAUCAUUUAGUUACCAUAACCAUUACUUCUUUACCGCGUGCGGUUUCCACUGUAUACCAUGUAUAUAUUCAGUUUACCUCAUCCUUUUUUUAGUUCUGUUUCUGUUAUGUAUCAAUACGUGUUAAUAAAUGUUAAGAUUUUA